UCAACGUCUCUAGACUUGUUAUACAUCAAUAAUUCUACAAUAGAGCGUCUACAGAACAAUAUUUUUAUGAAUUUACGCUUGUAUAACGUUCAAUUAAGUAGUUGUAAGAUAAAAGUUAUAGACGAAAAUGCUUUUAAAGGACAAGAACAUAUUUUGAAAAACCUCAAUUUGCAGGACAAUUUACUCGAAGAAGUUCCAAUAAAGUCUUUGCGACAAUUACAAAUGUUAAAUCUCUUGGAUUUGUCCAAAAAUCGUAUUAGCAGGGUCCCCAAUGACGCUUUUCAAGGAAUGAACAAAUUAACUACGCUAAAAUUAAGUGAUAACAAUCUCACAUUAACCCCACAUGCAUUUCGUGGCUUAGAAGGAAAUCUAAAAAACUUAAAUUUAAAAGGAACUAGGCUAAAAAGAGUUCCAGAAGCAGUAAGAGGCUUAAAAAAUUUGGCAUUUUUGGAUCUAUCACAAAAUAGUAUAAAGGAAUUACCUGGCCCAACUGGAGUUCGUACCUUUGAAGGAAUGGAUAAAUUAACAGCAUUGAAUUUAGAACGUAAUCUUAUUCAAAGUCUAGGUGAAAAUGCUUUUAGCGGAGUCAGAAAGACUUUAAGCUCUUUGAGUUUGCUAAAUAAUCUCUUAUCAGAUUUCCCCGUGGGAGCUAUACACUCUUUGAAGGAACUUAGAGUAUUAGACAUCGGUUUUAAUUUAUUGACAGCAUUGCCAGAGACUGCCUUCAGGGGAACUCCAGGUGUUACUCUUUUGGCAUUGGACGGAAACCCUUUGCCAACCGUCUCAGAAAAGGCAUUUUCUCAUUUAAACAAAACAUUAAGGGGACUCUCUUUAGGAGGUCGUUUUCUCCAUUGUGACUGUAAAUUAAGAUGGGUUGCUGAAUGGAUUCGAAAUGGUGAUCUUCAGGUGACAUCGAGAGAAAGAAAUCCUCAGUUUUGUGGUACACCAAUCAGGUUCCGAGAUAGAGGAUUUUACUCAAUCACACCCGAAGAAUUGUCAUGUCCAACGACUGAUAUAGAUCUAAACGGACCUGUUGGAAUACACGAAUCUGUGCUUAUUCCCAAUUUGCAAACAUCUCCAAGUAAAUUCGAACCAAAAAUUCCUUCAACUAGCACGACAAAAAAGAUGGAGACAUCUUCCACUGAAAUAUCGACUACUUCUGUUUUCUCUAGUACUGAAACAACAACUAUUACUUUUACAAAUAUUUCUUCCACCUCUAAUAUUCCAAGCACUAAAUGGACUUCAGUUGAAACACCCUCUUCAAGCAAUGGUUUAAAGAUAUAUUCAACAACUGCAACAACAUCCGCAGCAAAAACUUCAACAAAAAAUCCAAUUCAGUACAAACAACAGAAUGGAUCAAGCAUAAACAAACAAAAACCUUCUUUAGUUUUAGGAUUUCCACCACAAAGAGGAACAUUGGAUGAUUCUAAAGAAGUACAAGUCAAAUCAGCAUUUAGACAGGACAAUUCCGUUAUUAUUCAGUGGGACUCUGAUACCUCAAAUAUUCUAGGCUUUCGUGUAGUAUAUCGUUUAUUUGGUGAUAAAAGUUUUAAACAAGGACCUCCUUUAGAAUCUAGUGAACGAGAAUUCAAAAUAAAAAAUGUCCCCUCUCAGGAGUGCAUGAUAGUUUGCGUGAUUUCUCUUGAAGAGAUCAAUAUCACACCAGAUAAUGUGCCUCAUCAACAAUGCAGAGAAGUUCGAACUGUUAUGUCCAACUCUACUAACAUGGAUAAAAUUACGAUUGCGGCGAGUGCUGCAAUAUGUGGAACAAUUAUCGUUGCUGUCAUUGUAUUUAUAGCAGCUAGCAGACGACGGUCAAAGAAUUUACACUCUAUUCAUCAACAAAAAGGAAUGUUGCCGAUCGGUGGUUUACCUGUCAACUGCUGUGGACCUACUCCAAGUCCUAAUGGGCCAUUGGGAUCAAUGGCAACACUAUCAGCAUUCAAUUCUCACAAGCAACAAGAUUGGGAUCAAGUAUCAGCUUACAGUGGCCGGUCUCUUGGAAGAACAAAUCGUGGCUAUUCUAUGGAAAAUCAGACUAUGCAAGAUGAUUUGAGAAGUCAUGUAUCCCAUUUUAGUGCAAUGGUGUCCAAAAGCGGGAAGCCUAGAUCUCUUAUAGACACCCAAUCGCACCAUAGCUUUUCAAAUAAUUCACAACGUGGAUACCUGAAUUCAGCAUUCCCAAGUAAUUUAGUUAAUUCAAGACCAGAACUAAGACAAUCACGUCAAUCCUUAGCUGCCCAAUCAGAUCGAAUGUCACGUGCAUCUUAUGCGGCUUCAAUGCAUGGAGCUGCUCACAGUAUCGCCUCUAGUUCCAGAAGAGGUCGACCAAGAUCACGAUCUAGAGAACACAUUAACGGUGCUCAUGUCCAUUCACAUCGUCCUGGAAGUCGAUUCUCACAUGCUGGUUCUACUCACACUCUAAAUAAUUACUGUGACACAUCAGAUAACUGGACUGAUCAUGAUAUGGAAGUAUAUAUUGCUAGAAAUCCUACAACAAGGAAUGGACUAGUACCUCUAUGAAAUACAUUUUACUAAUUAUUUAUUCGUUAUUUGACCAGCUCUAGUGUAAAGUUUGUAAUAUUUAUUGCUGGUACUCUUACUAUUUGUGUAAACAUUACAGGAAGAGGCCAUUUUUGUUUUAAACCUGUGCCAAGACAAAAUUUAUUGAUUGUACAUCAUUUUUGUACAAAGGCAAAUGCCGCAAGCAAAAAUGUUUCACAUCAUAUUUAAAUAUUCGGAAAAUGUUAAAUAUAA